AUGCGAAGGUUUUGGGAAUUUUUACGAGAAGAGAGAUGGGACUAUCCGGCUUUGGCAUCGUUGCUCGCAGUGAUAGGGGACGCGGCCCAGGGAUCCUUCUUCUGUUUUGGCUCGGAUCCAGAUACCCUAAUUUGGUUAGGGGACCCUUCGGGGGUUUUCUCGACUAGGUCGGCAUAUCAACUUGUUCGCCCGGCUAGGGCCUGCUCCUGGGCCUUUUCCUUCUUUUGGCAGUCCUCCAUCCUACGUAAAUUGUCUUUCUUCAUGUGGCGUUUAGUGAAUGGCCAACUGCUGAUGGACAACAUGCUCGAAAAAUUUCAAGUUUAUGGUCCCUCUAAAUGUCACUGCUGUGUGCCUGCCCAGUUAGAGACGAUGGAACAUGUUUUCUCAACUGGGCAGUUAGCCACUAAGACAUGGGCGUUCUUUGAGUAUUCCCUUGGAAUAUCGGCAUCGGCUGCCACGGUUAGAUCCCGGUGCGCCCCUUGGUGGUUAUUCCUCCUGAAAGGAAAGGCGCUAUGCUGGUUAAUGCGUAUUCUCCCGAUUCUAAUCUUAUGGUUUCUAUGGUGGGUCAGGAAUAUGUCCAGGUUCGAGGGUCGCAAGAUUGCCGGCUCUCAAAUUCGAGCUCUUAUCGUACAUGAAGUGAGAAUGCUAAUCAGAGCCCAUUUUUCGGGUAUUAUGGUGCCUUGUCAAUGGGAGGAACUUCUUGAGGCCCUGACUGUGGUUCAGAGGGCUUUAACUGCAACGGCGGUCAGGUGGAUUUUCCCUCCGGCGGGCUACUUUAAGUUAAACACUGAUGGUUGUGCUACGGAUCGUGGUAGCGGGGGCUGUGGGGUGAUUAGGGAUUCGUGCGGGAGGCUUAUUGUAGCCUUUGCGGAUUCCUUUGGUUGUGUGGACUCUUUGCAGGCGGAGGCACGCGCUCUCCUCUUAGGGCUUCAAUUGGGGCGACAAGUAGGGGUCUCCCGUUUAAUCGUUGAGUCUAACUGCCUGGUUUUGAUUAAUUGUUUAAGGAGGGAAUGGGGAGUCUCCGCUGGGAUUCGGCCGAUUGUUCGUGCUAUUCGGCUGGAUGAGCCAAGUUCUCACUAG